AUGGAUCCUAAUAAUCUUAAUACACAAAGUAAGAUUAACACAUCAACAAAUGUACAAAAUAUAAGUGUCAUCAAUCGUAACGUAGUCAAUUCAAACGCCUCAAACGGUAUAAAUAAUAAGAAUAAUGCAACAAACAGCCUUACCGUAAACAAUAAUACGUACACAUCAAACAACUGUUCACUUAAAAUCAACUCAAACAACAACUUAACGCUCAAUAAGGAAAAUUUUAGCGAUAUUAAGCAAUUGACACUACGAGAUUUACUCGAGUCAAGCGAGAGUAAGAGUGAAAGGAUAAACGAAAAGAGUAAGUUAAGUCCAGUCGAUUCAUCAGUUGGCUUGGCCACUGAUAGGUCCACAGCAACAAACUAUAUUUCCUACAACUCAAUCAACAACAGCUCUAACGCACAUAGCACACCCUCGGGGUCGUUCAAUGGUUCAAUAAGCGCUCCCAAAAGCUCAACAGCAGGCCUAAACUGCUCAGCAAUACCAUUCGUACCCCAAGGAAACUACCUCAGCAGGGACCUGUUAGAAUCAGGACAGCACCUGGACCUAGGUUUAUCAGGGUUCGACUACGCAUACGAAAGGGGACUGGACAGUAGAGACUUUGAAAAAGAUCUCUCAGAUGACCAGACCUUGAGGGAGGAUUCCAUAGAAAAUGGAUUCGUCGGCAUGACAGAGCGCAGGGGCGGCCUUAGCUGGAUAAGGACGAACAACGGAAAUCUGCUCCCACAAAUCGAAAACACCUGGCUGAAGCACAUAAUAACGAGUCUUCAGACAAACAAGGUGGCGCUCAUGAACUUUUUCAACAACCUGGAAAAGUGCCUGAUCGAGUCAGUCCAGUUUCUAUACAAGGAGGGGAUUAAGCCAUAUUUAGGUAUUGUUGAUACACAGAAGAUUUUGACCCGUUACCACAAUAUUAGUCACAUGAUGGGGCCAUUUCCCUACAAAUUACUAUACCUAUAA